AUGGGGGAGCAGCCUGCAGGGGCCUUCGAGUUGUCAGGGUCUGAGGAGCAGCAGGCAGAAGAUGGCCAGACAGCAGAUCCACCCCCGUUACCUGCAACAGCCCUCGCAGCCUCUUCCUCCCCACCUGAUUCCGACUUCAGGAGAAGUACACACACGCUGGAAGAGGCAGCAGAUGAGGGCCUACCAACCGCCGGCGCUCACGGCAACAGAGGAACCGUGGCAAGCUCCUGGGGAGGAGGGGCCCCCGAGGGUCUCCUUAACGCUGAAACGGGGCAGCCCAGAAGUGUACAGAGGAGAAGCGACUCAUCGUGCAUCGUGAACCGUAGCGAGCUUUCUUCUGGUUGUCACGAGGACCCACAGUUGUUGCGAGUGCAGGAGCACAACCCGCAAGAGUGGCUGGGGCAGGAAACCGCCGCAAGGGAAGACACGGCAGCAGCAGCAGCAGCAGCAGCAGCAGCACAGCAGCAGCAGCAGGAACCCGAGCAGCAAGAUCAGCAGACAUCGGAGCCUUGUGGGGAGAUGAGUGUUGCGGUUAAGACAUUUAGGCAGCGGGAUAGCCAAGGGGCACAGCGUAGCCUCUACGCUGAGCUCUCUGUUCUUUCCUUGUUGCGCCAUCCAAACGUGCUUCUGCUCUUGGGGGUGGUGGGCCCCCCGGUGUAUGGCCUUGUAACUGAGUACGUCUCCGGGGGGUCUCUGUUCGAUCUGUUGCACAAGCAGCGGGUGUCUUUGCCGCUAAUGCGGGUUGUGAAGCUGGCAAGGGAGGUGGCUCUCGGUAUGAGCUACCUGCACGAGAAGGGGGUAAUGCAUUGCGACUUAAAGAGCCCAAAUAUCCUGCUCACCAACAAUGGGGAGGUUCGACUUUGCGACUUUGGGCUCGCCACCAUUGUUGAAGCUGCAGGGGGCCCAGACUGGUGGACUGCUGCUCAGGAGCAGCAGCAGCAGCAUGAACAGCAGCAACAACAGGACCCGCAGGCUGCUCAUCUGGGAUGUGUGGGAACACAUCAUUGGAUGGCACCGGAGAUUCUACGAGGGGAAGCAUUUACAUUCGCUGCAGACGUCUAUUCCUUUGGAGUCGUUCUCUGGGAAAUGUUGGUGGGAGAUAUGCCCUUCGCUGGCAUUGGUUCUCCUUCUCAUCUAAUAACGGUUGUGGGCUACGGGGGGGUAACUCCUCCUCUUGACAAGAUUCCGCGGCCGUUACGAAGGUUUCUCAGGAGCUGCCUCCAGCCGGACCCCUCUCUGAGGCCCAACUUUGCUGCUUGUGCGCAGCUGUUGCAGCAGCUUUACACUGCCAAUUUGCUGGACGUAGAGGUUGAUCUGAAUUCUCUGUUGGGUCUAGGAUCCUAG